UCAGUCUUGCUCAGGUGUACCGGCUCCUCCCCUUCAGUCUUGCACAGGUGUACAGGCUCCUCCCCUUCAGUCUUGCACAGGUGUACAGGCUCCUCCCCUUCAGUCUUGCUCAGGUGUACCGGCUCCUCCCCUUCAGUGUUGCACAGGUGUACCGGCUCCUCCCCUUCAGUGUUGCACAGGUGUACCGGCUCCUCCCCUUCAGUCUUGCACAGGUGUACCGGCUCCUCCCCUUCAGUGUUGCACAGGUGUACCGGCUCCUCCCCUUCAGUCUUGCACAGGUGUACAUGUAAGCAGGUCCUCGGUGUUAAUGUUGCCCAGCAGAAGUGGUGCUCC